GCGUAAUUGCGGUGACGCGGAUUACAAAAACCGCCUCGUUUUUUCGUUUAGCAGAUGAUGGGAAAAAUAAGUACUUGCAGAGGAAUAGAAGUGAUACCGUUAAAUACUAAUAAUCAAAAAUAUCUUAAUCCAGUUGUGAAAAAGCACAGCCUGGAGGGGGAUAUGAAUAGGUUACCUUUCGUUGCCGCAGACAGGGUUUUAAUACCUCGCGUCCAAAAAGUAAGAUUUCGAGCAUUUUUCAUAUUCAUUCAAUCAUUAUCAUUAAUAGAAACUGAAUACAAUUUGAACUCUAAUUAAUAUUUUUGAAAAUUCAUUGCUACCAGUAAACAAGUAUUUAGAAUCGCAUGUGGACAAGGUAUACAUCACAAUUGAUGAUAUGGCUGAUGAGUUACAACGAACUUAUAAAGAGUAUGCGAAACGUAAGCGUGAAGGGUUUCGCGCGUCCGUUAAGCAAGCGUAUCUAUCAGUUUUACGAGCUUACGGUGUAAAUGACCAACAAGGGAGCUCUUCAGAAGAUUUAAGUGAUGAAGAAGUAGCUCCUGGUCACUUUAUGGAUGGUCAAUUGGCAGAUGUUUACAAAAGGAAUAUCCCAAAAACUCCUGUGGACUCAAAUGAACUCAUUGAUAUCAGCAGUGAUGAUUCUGACGAUGGAAGUAGGAUGAAAAAACCUACAAAUGGCCCAUCAACAUCCCAUGAGAAUACAGUUUUACCUGAAGACUUUGUCGAAACUGAAAUGUUAAAAAAUAAUGAAAGAUCAAGGGCGCAAAUGGGCCGUGGAAAAAAACGAAAGAUGGAUUCGUAUAAUACAUUGCUUUCUGUGAAAAGGAAGAAGACUGUGGCAAGUUUGGAGGAAUCAUUUGUUACCUUUAAAAAUGUAGGAGGAAAUGAAAAGAUUUUGGAGGAAAUUUGUAUGUUAUUAGUUCAUAUGAAACAUCCGGAAGUUUAUAGACAAAUUGGGGUUCCUCCACCGAGGGGUAUUUUAUUACAAGGACCAUCUGGAUGUGGAAAAACACUCAUUGCUAAUGCAAUUGCAGGGGAAUUAGAAGUUCCUUUAUUAAAAGUAUCCGCAUCGGAAUUAAUCCAUGGAGUAGCUGGAGAAAGUGAAGAGAGAAUUCGUGAACUUUUCGAAAAAGCAAUCGUGGCAUCUCCUUGCGUAUUAUUUAUCGACGAAUUAGAUACAUUAAUGAAAGGUAAAAAUCAAAAAGAUCAAAAAUCGAUGCAUCAUCGAAUCGUUUCUCAAUUGCUAUCAUCGUUAGAUGAUUUGAGUAAAAACGAAGGGGCCGAUCAAGUUCUUGUAAUAGCAGCAACAAAUAAACCCGAACGAUUAGUUUCUUCGUUAAAACGAGCGGGACGAUUUGAUAAAGAAAUCAAUUUAGGAGUUCCGAGUUAUGACGGUCGAUUGAGUAUUUUAAAGGUUUUAUCGUCGAAGUUAAAAUUGGCUGAAGAAUUUACGUUUGAAUCGAUUGCGAAACAUACGCCGGGUUAUGUUGGAGCUGAUUUGGUGACGUUAAUUCGAGAAGCAGCUAUGAUGGCUGUUAAUCGAGCGUAUACUGAUGUUCAAGAAAAAUUAAGUUUGAAAAGAGCGAUGGCACUGCAAAAAUUAGAAGAGGAAAAGGCUAAAGCAGAAGCUUCUUUAAUUACUAAACAAAAUGAAGAAAAAGAUAAAGAAGAAGCCAAAGAUGACGACGAUGACGAAGUGGUUGAUAUUGAAACAACUGAUAAAAAAGAUGAUGAAGAGAAAGAAGAAUGUGCAGGUGGUGAUGCUGUUGUUAUUAUCGAUGAUGAUGUAAAAGAGAAAGCUCAAGUUGAGGUGAAUAAAGAAGAUCAAUUAGAAGAACCUUUAGUGAAUCCCGCAACUUUGAUUGAUUUUAAACAAAAAACGAAAUUAGAGGAGUUAUUGUCUUGGUUACAUAGGGAAAUACCUUUCGAUGAUAAACAUUUAGGGGAUGUUUGUAUUAGUAUGGAUGAUUUUGCUAGAGCCUUAAAAAUCGUUCGACCAUCUUUACAAAGGGAGGGAUUUGUUACAAUCCCAAAUAUAACAUGGAAUGAUAUUGGAGCCAUGAAUGACAUCAGGCAAGAGUUACAACUAUCAAUACUUGGACCUAUUCAGUAUACAAAACAAUUUAAAUCACUUAAAACGUCAACAAAAGGGAUCUUAUUAUGUGGACCACCAGGUUGUGGAAAAACAUUAGCUGCUAAAGCAAUUGCUAAUGAAGCAGGAAUUAAUUUCAUUUCAAUUAAAGGACCUGAAUUGUUAAAUAUGUAUAUAGGAGACAAUGAACAAGCAAUUCAAGCUUGUUUUGAAAAAGCACGAUACUCGGCUCCAUGCGUUUUAUUUUUAGAUCAAUUUGAUGUUUUAUGCGCUAAAAGAUCAGAUACAAAUAAUAAUGAAUCAUCAACAAGAAUUUUGAAUCAAAUGAUUACCGAAAUUGAUAAUAUAAACGGCAUUGAAGGCAUUUAUUUUAUAGCUGCUUCAAAUAAACCUGAUAAUAUAGAUCCAGAAAUUUUGCAACUUGGACGUUUAAAUAAAAUUUUAUAUGUAGACUUGCCUUCGUCAUCAAACCGACCAGAUAUAUUACGCGUAAUAACAAAGGGUGGUACGCAUCCUUUAUUAGGAAUAGAUGUUGAUCUAGAAAUUAUUGGAAAAUCAGAAGAGUGUGAUGGAUUUACAAGUGGAGAUUUAGUUCAGUUGGUGGAAGCAGCGACGAUGGAAUCUAUUAAAGAAAUUAUUCAGGCUGGAGAAGUAGAAAAAGAAGUUGUUGUCACUACAGAGCAUUUUAAAAAGGCCGUUGCAAAAGUUAAACCGGCACUUAGCGAAAAAGAUCUGAAACAUUAUGAAAAGUUGAAGAAGUUAUUUGGUACGAAAUCACCUGAGAAUGAUUUUGAGGAGAUGGAAUAUAGUUAGGAUUAACUGAAGAAUUAUGUUAACGCGAUGUUUAUCAUACAGAGUGUCUCAUGGAGCUGUUAGAAUUUUUUCAAUUUUUUAAAAUAUAAAUUUGUGUUAUCUUGUCAGUUUGUAGCUGGAUAUCUUGUACCACUCAAAUUAUAAUAGACCAUUUAAGCUGUAUUCAUAUGAAAAGUCUCCAACUAAUUAUAGGUUUAGUUUUCA